AUGGUGGAUCUCUCUGCAAAUACCUUAUAUGGAGACAUACCUCCACACGUAAAUUCAACAAACGAAGUAGUGUUACUCCUACAAGACAACCAUUUAUCAGGAGCUAUUCCGGAUACACUCCUAUUAAAUGUCAGUAUACUUGAUCUGAGAAAUAACAGAUUGUCCGGCAAUAUUCCGGAGUUCAUCAACACCAAAAACAUCAGUAUUCUUCUUCUGCGGGAGAAUAAUUUAACAGGUCUUAUACCUCAAAAAUUGUGUAGCCUAAGAGGCAUUUACCUUUUGGAUCUAUCUAACAACAGACUGAAUGGAUCCAUACCUUCAUGUCUUAGAAAUAUAUCAUUUGGUUUGAAGAAACAUGAUACAUCAAAUGUCUAUGGUUUCACAUUUGGUUACAUUCCUAGUGAUGUCUUCACUAGCUUCAUGCGGGAACAAGAUGCUAGCUCUGCCGAGAAUAUUGGUAUAUAUUUCAAAUCUCUGCUUGUGCUUGAUCCUUUUAGUAUAGAUUACUUGGCAGGCGCUCAGAUAAAAAUUGAAUUUGCAACAAAACACCGAUAUGAUACUUACAUGGGUGGAAAUCUUCUAGGCUUUUCUGGAUUAGACCUCUCAGUAAAUGAGCUAAGCGGUGAGAUCCCAGUGGAGGUAGGAAGUCUUGUGGAACUACAUGCUCUAAACUUCUCUCACAACUCUUUAUCAGGUGUGAUACCAACAAGUUUUUCAGGUAUGAAGAAAGUGGAAAGCCUUGAUCUAUCUUUCAAUAGACUGCAAGGCCAGAUCCCAACACAACUGACAGAUCUGAACAGCCUAGCUGUGUUCAAUGUCUCAUUCAACAACUUAUCAAGAGUCAUUCCUCUGGGAAAACAGUUUAACACCUUUGAUACGGGGAGCUACUUAGGUAAUCAUCUUCUCUGUGGGAAACCAACCAACAUAAGCUGCAAUGGUAAUAACUUUCAAGAACCAGAAAAUAAUGAAGUGAGAGCUGAUGAUUCCACUAUCGACAUGUUAUCUUUCUACUGGAGUUUUACUGCAGGCUAUGUAAUAAUACUUCUUGGAAUAUUCACAUCACUCUCUUUUGAUUCUCGCUGGAGCAGAGCUUGGUUCUUCGUCGUUGAUGCUUUCAUCCACAAGGAAGUUAUAGGUAAACGGUACUCACUUUACGUAUGUCAUGGUUUAAAAGUGUUCUCGUUAACAGGUACUUGGAAUUUUUCUAUUUGUAUAUUUAUAUAUAACGGUGGAGGCAUUUGCAUUGAACCCACAAUUCUAACCAAAAAAAAAAUGGAGAGGAAGUUUUUCUUGGGACAAUAUUUGAUAUGGGUGAUAUUACUGUUGGGGCAGCUACAUGGAUACAAAAGCUGUGUUGAAAAAGAAAGGAAGGCUUUGUUGGAUCUCAAGAAAUACAUAUUCUCAAUUACUAUUAAAGAGAUGUCUGACUACGUUGUUCCUACUUGGAGUUACGAAGCAAAGAGCGAUUGCUGCCGUUGGGAUGGUGUAAAGUGCAAUCCUGCAAGCAAACGGGUGACCCAUAUUGAUUUUGGUGAUUUGUAUCUCAAAGAUACUUAUCUCCUAAAUCUUUCUUUGCUGCAUUCCUUCGAAGAUGUUCGUAGUCUUUCUUUCCAUGGAGGCCAUGAAUUUCUCGGUUUCUUUUACUACCGUUUCAAUGGUGUGUUUGAUGAUGUUGAAGGUUAUAAAAGCUUAAGUAGAUUAAGAAACCUGGAGAUUCUGGAUCUCUCUUCAAAUGAGUUCAACAGCAGCAUAUUUCCCUUUCUUAAUGCGGCUACUUCACUUACAACUCUUUCUCUUCGGGAUAACGACUUUGAUGGCCCUUUUCCUGCUAAAGAACUUAAAGAUCUCACAAACUUGGAGCUGCUGGACUUGAGUGAAAACAAAUUUAAUGGCCCUUUACCAAUGCUAGUGUUACCUGCUCUAAGGAAUCUGAAAGCUUUGGAUCUAAGUGGUAAUGAAUUUUUUGCAUCAAUGGGAUUACAAGGCAAGUCCAUACAUAUACUAUGUUACUUCAUUAAAGUUGGUGGUGAAUUAACGUUUACUGAUGUGUAUGUAAAUUUGCAUUUGAUCAUCACAGGAAUUUGCGAAAUGAAAAAUAUGCAAGAGCUUGAUCUCAGUCAUAACAAACUUGAAGGCCAGUUUCCUUUAUGCUUAACUGACUUGACUAGACUUCGAGUUCUUGAUCUCUCAUCAAACCAAUUGAUUGGGAAAGUUCCAUCUUCUCUCGGUAACCUUAGAUCCCUCAAGUACUUAUCGUUGUUAGAUAACAAUUUUGAAGGCUUCUUCUCACUUGGUUCGCUUGCCAACCUCUCGGAGUUGAGGGUUUUCAAACUUGGUUCGAAAUCCAAAUCAUUUCAAGUAAAAUCUAAAAGUAACUGGAAGCCAAAAUUUCAGCUGAGUGUUAUUGAACUACCAUCUUGCAACUUGGUGAAGGUUCCUUGUUUUCUCCUAUACCAAAAGGAUUUGAGUCGCAUUGAUCUCUCUAACAAUAAAAUGUCAGGAGAUUUUCCUCAUUGGCUAUUGGUCAACAAUUCAAAACUCGAAGUUUUGUUUCUACAAAAUAAUUCGUUUACAAGCUUUCAGCUUCAAGAUUCUGCUCAUAAUCUGCAUUUCUUGGAUGCUUCAGCCAAUGACUUCAAUCAUAUGCUUCCUGAGAAUAUUGGGUGGAUACUUCCUCAUUUACAUUAUAUGAAACUAGCUAAUAACGGUUUUCAUGGAUUUUUACCAUCUUCUCUUGGUAACAUGGAAGAUAUAUUAUAUCUGGAUUUAUCUCACAACAGCUUCCAUGGGACACUGCCAAGAAGUUUUCUUACGGGUUGUUAUUCAAUGGCAUUCUUGACACUGUCACAUAACAAACUAAGUGGAGAGGCGUUUUCUUCGGAAACAGUCAACUUUCCUGGAAUAAAAGAGCUGUCCAUGGAUAACAAUCUUUUUACAGGAAAGAUUGGUCAAGGUUUGCGGAGCAUGGAAUUCUUGGAACUGCUAGACAUUUCAAACAACAAUCUCACAGGUAUUAUUCCAAGCUGGAUUGGUGAGUUUCAAAACUUGCAGGCACUACUACUCUCAAACAACUCAUUGGAAGGUGAAAUACCUAUUUCUUUGUUCAACUUAACUGAUCUUGAGCUGCUGGACCUUUCCGCAAACAUUUUAUCUGGGGGCAUACCUCCAAAGGUCAAUUCGACAAGACAGGUAUUAUUACUCCUUCAAGAUAAUAAUUUGUCCGGGGCUAUUCCGGACACAUUGUUGAUUAACGUCACUAUUCUUGAUCUGAGAAAUAAUAGAUUGUCUGGGAAUAUUCCGGAGUUCAGUAACACCCAAGACACACAUACUCUUCUUCUUCGAGGGAAUGAUUUAUCAGGUAGUAUUCCUCACCGGUUGUGUGGUCUAAGAAACAUAAAACUUCUUGAUCUUGCCGACAACAGAUUGAAUGGGUCCAUACCUUCAUGCUUCAGCAAUACAUCAUUUUCUUUUGGGAAAGAGGAUUCAGUAUUUGAUCAGGAUUACGGAAGUAUUGUAGCUAUUGAUAUUAAGUUCACUGGUUUUACUCCGCAGAGAGACUUCCGUGUAGAGGGUUUCCGUAUAUAUUUUGAAUCUCUUAUCCUGGUGGAACCAUUUAUAUUGAUAUACAAGACAAUCACCCGGAUUAAAAUUGAAUUCGCGACAAAGCACCGAUACGAUACCUACCUUGGUGAGAAUCUCAAAUUGUUGUUUGGAAUGGAUCUCUCAAAAAAUGAGUUGAGUGGUGAUAUCCCUACAGAUCUUGGAGGUCUUUUGGAGAUACAAUCUCUUAAUCUUUCUCACAAUAGCUUGUCAGGGUUGAUACCAAAAAGCUUUUCAGGUCUGAAGAAUGUGGAAAGCCUUGAUCUCUCCUUCAACAGGUUACAAGACCGGAUCCCAUCACAACUAACGGAGCUGUGCAACUUAGCUGUUUUCAAUGUCUCCUUCAACAACUUAUCUGGAGUCAUUCCACAAGGAAAACAGUUCAAUACCUUUGAUGCAAAAAGCUACUUAGGUAAUCCUCUUCUUUGCGGACAAUCAAUCAACACAAGCUGCGACAACAGUCACUAUCAAGAACCAGAAAAUGGUAUAAAGGACGAUGAGAGCAAAAUCGACAUGGUUUCAUUCUACUGGAGUGUAGCUGCAGCUUAUGUGACUAUACUCCUUGGAAUAUUCACAUCUCUCUCUUUUGACUCUCCUUGGAGAAGAUUUUGGUUCAGCAUCGUUGACGCUUUCAUCCACAAGGCAAAGAAUUUGUUGUUGUUUGGGGGUGCCGAAUCCAUUCAUGUGCCCUCAUCUUCUUCUUCCUACACGGAAGUCCCUUUGUUGUAA